GCGUUGAUUGGCCAUGAGGAGCAGUGAUGUCACCGCCUGUUUCGAUGUACCGGCCGGUGCAGGAGCUCGCGCAAACUGAGGGUAAGACUCCAGAUGGAGUUGGCGCGCGACGGGAGUAGAGCUGUGGCUCGUGCAACCGCGACUCACAGGAGAGGCUGCCUUGCACUGCCUUGAUGCACUCGCCCUGGUCCCGCACACAGCGCAGCAGCCCGUCAUGGGAGACGGUGGCGCGUCCUCGCAGGUGAACUUCCAGAAUGGCUCCGGGAGCGAGGCGUCGGACGCACCGGGCUCCGCCACAGCCGCGUCCGAGCAGUGGAUGGCCGGGAUGAGCCUGCUGAUGGGUCUGAUCGUCGUGUGCAUCGUGUUCGGGAAUAUCCUGGUCAUCGUGGCCAUAGCCAAGACGCAGAGGCUGCAGACGCUCACCAAUGUGUUCAUCGUGUCCCUGGCGAGCGCGGACCUCAUCAUGGGGCUGCUGGUGGUGCCGUUUGGUGCCGCUCUCGAGGUGCGUGGCUCUUGGCUUUACGGCUCCUUUUUCUGCGAGUUUUGGAUCUCAGUGGAUGUCCUGUGCGUCACGGCCAGCAUCGAGACCCUGUGCGUUAUCGCCAUAGACAGAUACGUGGCCAUCACAUCCCCUUUUCGCUACCAAAGCUUGUUAACUAAAGCGCGGGCCAAAACGGUGGUGUGCGUAGUGUGGGCUAUCUCUGCGCUGGUGUCCUUCCUCCCCAUCCUGAUGCACUGGUCCCGGGACAGUGUGGACACCGACUGCUACGAGGACCCUGAAUGUUGCGACUUUGUCACCAACAGAGCAUAUGCCAUCUCCUCAUCCAUCAUAUCUUUUUACAUUCCUCUGCUAGUCAUGAUAUUUGUUUACGCCCGCGUGUAUAGAGAGGCGAAAAAGCAGCUGAGGAAGAUCGACAAGUGUGAGGGCAGGUUUCACAACACCUUAACCGGACUGACCUCCAAGUGCAAGAAGAGGCCUUCUAAAAUCCUCGCACUCAGGGAGCAGAAGGCGCUCAAAACGCUGGGCAUCAUCAUGGGGACGUUCACCCUGUGCUGGCUGCCAUUCUUUAUAGUCAACGUGGUGCGGGUGUUUUGCGCAGAGGUGGUGGACAAGAACCUCUUCGUGUUCCUAAACUGGCUCGGGUACGUGAACUCAGCGUUUAACCCCAUCAUUUACUGCCGGAGCCCGGACUUCAGGAAGGCUUUCAAGAGGCUGCUGUGCUGCCCGAGGCAAGCCGACCGCAGGCUGCACAUCAGCUCCUGCGACCUGUCCCGGUGCUCCGGAGGGUUCGUCUCCGCUCUGGAGCCCGGCACGCUGGGGCUGUGGACGGAUUGCGCAGGAUUGGACAACAGUGACAGCAGCCUGGUUGGGGCCGCGAAGCUUUCUCACUCUGAAUCACAGCUGUGAAGGAAAAAAAUGAAACUUUUUACUGCGGUGGAUUACAACAACAGUUUGGGAAAGGAUGGUGACAAAGGCUGACUCCUUGGGUUUCUUUUUGGGAAAGGUGCGCAAAAGCUGCAUCUUACAGUCCAAGUGGGUCCGUUUUAUACCACAGAAAUCAGGCAAAAUCAUCAGAUAUUUGAAAGCCAUAUUUUUCUUUUCAAGGCAUCAGGACAAAUGUUCUCUGUAAGAUGCGCAAAUCCCUCCAGGACAGUUAAGUGUCAAAUAAAUGAUCCAAUCUGAUAAAUAAUAUCAGCCCUUAAUAUUUAUUUAGGUGGCUCUGAUGAAUCAUAAUGGCUGCUGCACUUUGCCAUAAACAGGAUUCUGAUGUUUUUGUUGAUUUUAGUGGAUCAGUGCUAUAUUGUGGAUGAUAAUUUAUUAAGGAGGGGUAUAUUUUAAUCAUUUUUUAAGUUAUUUUUUGGCCAUUUUUCGGCUCUAUUAGGUAGUUAUGCAGGAAAGGGCUCCGAGCCGGAUUCGAACCCGGGCCGCCUGCUUACAAGGACUAAGCCUUAGUGGUUAAUGCGCCCCGAGUAUUUCAUUUAAGGUUUAUGAUGAUGGGUCACAAUGUAUUCUUAAACUGACCGCUCAGGCGCACUGUAAUGAACUGGUUGUUAUUUAAAAGCAUUGGACGGAGUGACUGUACUGUAGUCAUUUCGUGCUCACAAUGUGUU